AUGAGCGACAAGUGUCGGAGGACGAUCAACUGUUUGAUGGUGACGAUGAUGAUGAUGGUGAUCGCGGAGACGCGACCGCCAUCAAGUUACGACAUGCAAGUGGUGGGAACGCUGCGUCGCGAGGUGAGACAACAGCCAGCAGUAGUCGCCACAGAAGUCAGUGAUCUGCUCGCUCCGGCGCCGAGUAAACAGCAGCUCGACAAGAAGCACAAGAAUACCUCUGGUAAAAGUAACGAGGGCGGUUUCUAUAAGCAGUUCGGUAACGACGCUGAAGGCGAGAAGGGUUAUCUGAAGAAAAGCUACAGCAACGGUAACCACGGCUACAAGAACUACGACACCUUCCACAAGACUAUCGGUGACCGUUAUGGCUUCGAGGAACACGAGGAGACUGGCCAGCAAUCCGCUGCUGACUCCGACCGCCAGCAAGCUAAACACAAGCAGACCAAGAAAAAACAGAGCGGUGAUCACGAAGGGGCUGGCACCGACGACGUCGAGUCGUACUACUCGGGCGAAGGCGGCGGCGACUACUCAGGCUACAGUGAAGAUGGCGAUGGUGGCGAUGGCGAGAGUUCAAGUUACAGCAAUGCAAGUGGCGAGGGUUAUAGCGAAUCAUAUUCCUCGGGUGACGACGGCGGUGAAGGUUACAGUUCCGGCGAGACUUAUGCAGCAUCAGGCGAAUCCGAUGGAUCUUACUAUUAA